CGAAGCCAGGGUGAAGAGAAUCGGAGGCGCUGGGAUCAACGGAAAGUAAACAAACGUGGUGGAAGCUUCAUCCACUUUGGAACUUCUGUAAAAAUACAUCUCAGACACACCAAGAUGGCAACAAUCAUCCGUAUAAAGAGACGACACGAUGAGGAACCUACAGAGAAUAUCCUCAUUAAAGCCAAGCGCAGUCGAGUAGAGGAAGAUGACGGGGCAGCUGCUCUGUGUGAAUCUUCUCCAGAAUCCAGUCACGCCAUCAUGACCAGAGUUGGAACUGUGAAUUCCAAGGAAGAUGAUGUGCAACAACAUGUUUUGAAAGUGAUGAAGGAGCAUAAAACAGGCUGGCAAUUGAGAGAACAAUACAAAAAGUUGGGAAAUGCUCAUAGGAUAAAGGCUUCUGUCAAGGAGGCUGUUAAGAACAGAGUCAAUAGCAAACGGUAUAAGAUAGUUGCAGCUUGUCGAGGAAUCGAGGAUAAGGCAGACGAGAAGGAAAAGUGCCAGAGUGUUAAAAAAAAGGAAAAUGAUGAAUCAGAAACAGCUGUGGACAUCACAACAGAGGAAUUUAAACUGUAUGAUGCCAUGCUACCAGAGAUUGAUACGAAAGAGGAUGUUAUAACUUGCAAUGGAGUACCUAUGGAAACAGAGAAGUAUGUUUAUGACAUCUACUAUACACCUCAAUCCGUUGACUGGAUAGAAAAUAUAUGCGAGAUAGAAAAACAUCAUUUAGAGUUGUAUACUGGAUCUGAUAGUGAAGAUGAGGAUGCAUUACAAGAUGAUGAUGAUGAGAAUGAUGAAAAUAAUUGGAGGAAUGAUUAUCCUGAUGAAUCUGAUGAUAGCCAUUAUUCGGAUGAAAUAGAUUAUUUGAAUGCACAAUUACGGAAAGUAACACCAAAGAAUUAUGAUACUGAUGAGAGCUAUGAUGUAGACGACUAUGAAGAGGAUUUUGAUGAAGAAGGUAAUUUGAUUGAGUGUGGUUAUCCAGACUCUGGCACGAAGCUUCGGAGAGAGAUCAGAGAUAUGCUGAGCAGUGACAAAGAUGACAGUGAGAGUGACUGAACACAAGAUCUCAUUUUCUUUCAAUAUUUUACUCUGUUGAUAUUAUCCCAGUGUAAGGAUUAUGAUUUUGAUUUUAGGGGAGUGUUGUGAACAUGACUCAGUGGGCAUAUAGGAAGCAAUUUUUGUAUUAUUUCCAUCAAUAAAGAAAUAUGGAAUGUACCGUCCAUAAAUCAUGACUGGAAGAGCACAGGCUCCAGGGAUGAUGCUGUUGACACACUCAGGAUCCUAUUCCUACCAGCCAUGACUAGUGGUGAAGGUUGUAUUACAGAAAUUUUAUUAUUACAAAAAAAGAAUAAAGAUGAUAUAUAAGAAAAUGUUA